ACACUGUUCACCCUCAACCACCAAUUCUCAACUUGUAUUUCGAUAACCAUGAGCUCCCCAAGCCUGAGAUCGAGGAACAAUACAACAGCAACAGCAAGAGAACAACCGAUGAACAUCAAGGAAACUCAAAACAAUCCAAGCUUAGUCAACCCAGCCAACGCAAAGUGGUUGAUCCUUAUCAUCCUAUUCCUGACAACGACCAUCGGAACCUAUCGAUCAUUCUCGAUCUACUCGAGAGACAAUCCAGACAUACCGAUCCACCAACUCACCCGAAUACCACUCUCAUCACUCCUAUCAACCCAUACGACCGACAUCAGAUCGACUACGACCACCCUGCCGUACUUUGCCAAUAAAUCCAACUUCCUCAAUCAGAAGUUUGUCAAGCUCGGUUGGGCUUGGACUACCUUCGUCGUCUGGUUCCAUGCGAUCGCCAUCGCUACUUGUUACUUCGGUCCUCCACAUCCCAAUCAACAACAACAGCAAACACAAAAUUCUCGAUCACAUCCCUCCUCUCAUGUGCCAAGGAUCUUAUCCUUGCAUCUCCUCGCAACCCUGCUCUGGAUCUUCCUCACUCAGUGGUGUUUCGGAAGUAGUCUUAUCGAAAGAGUUCUCAUCCUCUCUGGCGCGAAAUGCAUACCAAGUCUCAAACCAUUUCACUCUUCUGAAACAACACCAACAACACCUACCACGCUCGAAAACUUAUAUUGUCAACAUAGAUGGGGUAGAAAACUUCCUGGUUUAGAUAAUUUUAUUCUAUCGACUUAUAAGCCAUAUUGGUCAGAAGGAAUCGAUGUAUCAGGACACGUCUUUCUGCUCACAUUCUCGAUCCUAUUGAUCGUCUCAAGUCUGAGCCCAUCAUUGAUCCAUCUAUGGAAGACGACGACGAAGAAAGUCAACAACAACGACAACAAGGAGGAGGAGAAAGAUCAGCAGGACGAGACCGUACCACGAAACUACAGACUGGCGAUCUAUGCCAACCUCGGAUUGUUGUUUGUAUGGUGGUGGAUGCUGUUGAUGACUAGCCUAUACUUCCAUGGUCCUCUUGAGAAAUUCUCUGGCUUCGUCCUCGCUGGUCUCGCUUGGUUCUUCGUCGAAACUAGCGUUGCUCGUCUUCUUGGUUAAUCUUCUUCUCCCGCCCCCCCUCCCCUUUUCCUUUAACUUGCGACUAUCAUCAUUAUCGUUGUCGUUAAAAUCCGCUUUUAAACAUGUUUGUAGUUUUAUCUAUAUAGAAUUUAUAUACUCUUAUUCUUCUAAUUAUCAUAGAAAGAAAAGAUUGGUAGCCUUAGAAAGAAAACUUGAAGAAUUUUUGAUGUGGACUUAUUUUUAUUUACAUAACUUGGACUUAGAUUGGAGGAGUUGUUAUAAAAGUUGGACUUGAUUGAAUCACUGGAACUAGAAAUUCAUACUUGACUAACCAGC